AUGUCCGAAGAAGCUGCGCGUAAGCGCUCCCGCACCGAAUCCAAGUCGCCCGGUCCGCCCGAGCCCAAGCAAGCCAGUCCGGCCAACGAAGAUAGUGAGGAAGAGGUGGGACCAUUGCCGGCGGUGAAUGACGAGAAGGCACUGAAGAAGACGGAGAAAUCGAGAAAAAAAGCUCGAGCGGCCCACCAACAUGAGCGUCUCUACUUGAAAAACCUCCCCUCCGCCGAGCGCUAUCAUCGAUCAUUCAUGCACCGGGAUGUCGUCUCUUGGGUCACAGUCACUCGAACGUUGUUUAUCAUCACCGCUUCGGUAGACGGCCAUAUCAAGUUUUGGACAAAAAAAGACCCCAAGGAAGGGCCUGGAAUAGAGUUUGUUAAGCAUUAUCGUGCCCACCUAAGUCCGAUCGUCUCAGUCUCUGCUUCAGUGGAUGGAAUGAUGUAUGCGAGCGUGUCGGCGGAAGGAGAAGGCGGAAGCAUCAAGAUCUUUGACGUGAAGAAUUUCGAUAUGAUCAAUAUGUUCAAAAUCAACUUCGUCCCCAAGGCUUGCUGCUGGCUUCACGAUUUUGGCCAGGCUGCGACUAUCUUGGCUGUCUCUGAUGCACAAUCAUCUGCUAUCCAUUUUUACGAUGGUAGAGGUGAUGGCACACCUUUUAUGUCAACUUCUACUCUCCACCAAGCUCCAGUCCAUCUAUUUGCGUUCAAUCCUAAAUUCAAUUGCGUCAUCUCGGCAGACACUUCUGGAAUGUUGGAGUACUGGGAGCCUUCUGAGGGUUUUGGUCUCCCUGAGGGUUUGAAAUGGUCACUUAAAAGCCAAACCGAUCUGUAUUCAUUUAAAAAGUCGAAGUCUGUUCCAUCUUCUUUGACGGUGUCUGAUGACGGAUCUUACUUCGCAACCACCACUCUCAACUCAACAGAGCACAGUAUCUGUGUCUUCAACUUUUCCGCUGGGAAGUUGCUCCGGAAAUAUGACGAGAGUAUCACAGCGAUCACCGAAAUGCAGCAGGCUGGGACGGCUGCCUACAGCCUAGAUGAUAUGGAAUUUGGUCGUCGACUGGCUGUCGAACGUGAGCUUGGCAAAACAGUCGAGAGUGGACUGAUGCCCGGUGCUUGUGGGAGUGCAGUGUUCGACCCUAGUAGUACUUUCUUACUUUACCCUUCCCUACUUGGGAUCAAAAUUGUCAACAUCCAACUGAACAAGAUGGUCCGAAUUCUUGGCAAAGAUGAGAACCACCGGUUCUUACAGUUGUCUCUACUCCCAAGUCUACUUCGCAAAGAAGAGAUUAUGACUGUGGCGAUGGCGAUUUCCGAUAACCCGCUGUUGGCCGAUGAAGGCCGGACAGAACCCAGUCUGUUUUGCACUGCCUUCAAGCGAACUCGGUUUUACAUCUUCAACCAAACAGAGCCGGAAUCCGAUUCGGGGGCGAAGAACACCGAUCGAGAUAUCUUUAACGAGAAGCCAACGAGGGAGGAGCAGGCUGUAGCUGCCGUCGCCCCCGCUUCCAAGGUCCUCCUCGGAAGCUCCGCCAUCAUUCAUACCACCCGCGGAGAUAUUCAUUGUCGUCUUCACCCAGAACUGGUGCCAAAGACCGUCGAAAACUUUGUUGGUCAUGCCAGGAGUGGAUACUAUGAUGGUGUAAUCUUUCAUCGGAUCAUUCGUAAAUUUAUGAUUCAAACCGGUGAUCCGCGUGGUGACGGGACUGGCGGCGAAUCCAUCUGGGGAGGUAACUUUGAGGAUGAGUUCGCUCCCAGCCUGAAACACGAUCGACCAUAUUGUCUUAGUAUGGCCAAUGCCGGACCUGGAACAAACGGGUCUCAAUUCUUCAUCACCACCGUACCGACACCCUGGCUUGAUAACAAACACACCAUCUUCGGACGCUGUGUGUCCGGAUUUGACGUGGUUCACGAAAUCGAAAACGUGCGGUGCGACAAGACGGACAAACCUGUCCCGGAUCAUGAGGUGAAGAUCACAAGCAUCACCGUUGCUUGA